CUUGUGAGAAAAGGGAAGACCAUCUUUCCUUCUCUCUCAAAAGAAACACACAAAAGCUAACCCUGGCCUAAGGUGAGAAGAGGAGGGUGUAGGUAAGUAACUUCAUCAUCAUCAUCAGGAAAGGUGAAGAAAGGAAAGUAGCCAAGAAAGUAAAAAAGGAAGAGAUAUUAGAUCCUCUUCAUGGAGCUAGAGAGAGAGCUUUGAAUGCUUGCUUCUCUUUUUUUUCUUUUCAUCAUAGUCUUGAUCUUGAACAAGGUCAGCCUGACCUUAUAUAGCAGCUGGUUUUUCUUUGUUUAUGUUAUGAUCAGCUUCCAAUUGGAGUUCCAGCUUGCUAUCAGCUGAUCAUCAUGCUCCCAUCAUUCAUUAGCUAGUUUGAUUGUUAGCUUCAUGACAUAUGAUCCAUGGUAGGAAACCCUAGCAGCAGCAGCAGCAGCAGCUGGUGGAUGUUGAGCAACAUUAUGCAUCAGCAGCAGCAGCAGACUUCUGAUUCUCCUAAUAGCUAUUUGCUACCCAAUUCAGCUUCUACUAAUACUUCUGCUUCUAGUUACCCUAAUUUGAUGUUGAAUUGCUUUCCUCACCAUGAUGAUGAGCAACAACAACACCAGCUUAUGAGCAGUAGUAGCAGUAUUAAUGGUCCUCACUCAUCAUGGAGCCACCUCCUUCUUAGAGGUGGUUUGUCAACAGAAGAAGAAGAAGAAGAAGAGGAAGCCACAAAGAGGAGGAGAAUUGGCAGCCAUGAUCAGGCCAAAGAAGAAGAAGAAGAAGAAGAAGGAAAAGAUGAAGAUGAUCAGCUUCAAUACCAGGAGUUGUGCUUGAGCAACAACUCCUAUUACCCAUCCCUUCUUCACCCACCACUUUCUGUUUUACCAAAUAUUAAGCCAGAAGUGAUACUGCUAAAUCCCCAGGCUCAUCAGGAAACCAACAACUUGUUAUUAAUGUAUGCCAAUAACCACCACCACCAGUUUUAUAAUAAUGACAUCCCUUUUCCACCACCACCACCUUCUUCUUCACCAUUUAGGGCUUCUUCUUCUUCUUCCUGUUGUGAUGUAAGCACUACUACCACUACAACUACAGCCAAAUCCAUGCUGGACUUCUCUUCUUAUCGCAAUACGAUUGAUCAUCCACAUCCUGAUCACUCAAUAUCGUCUGAGUGUGGCAGAACAGCCAAAACAGGUGGGGUGGUGUGUGAUUAUAAUAAGAAGGCUAGGGUUCCUCCUCCUCCUCCUCAUCAUCAACAUCAGCAGCAGGCAUCUAGAAGAUCAAGCCAGCCUUUUCUCAAGGUGAGGAAGGAGAAGUUGGGAGAUAGAAUCACAGCCCUCCAUCAGUUAGUUUCCCCUUUUGGAAAGACUGACACAGCUUCUGUGUUGCUGGAAGCUAUUGGGUAUAUCAGAUUCCUCCAGACUCAAGUUGAGGCUCUCAGCUCUCCUUACUUGGGGACUAAUAAUGCUGCUGCUUCACUUUCACAUUCAAACAAUAUCACAGGCCAACAUGCUGCUCAGGAAGUGAAGCCAGGAGACUUGAGGAGUAGAGGGCUAUGUUUGGUUCCGGUGACAUGCACGCAACUCGUCGGAGGAAGCGAGGUCGUCGGAGCGGAUUAUUGGGCUCCGGCCAUCGGAGGAGGCCCAUUCUGAUGAUUGGUGUCCAAAUUAAACCUCAUUCUAAUUAAUCUGCAGUGUCUAAGCAAGAUAUUAUACAAUUAAUAAGCCUACCUACUAUACGUACGUAUAUAUGUAUGGUAAUUUAGCAUAUCAAAGAUCAUCAUUUAAUUAGUUAGUUGUACUGAUUAAUUCAUUGUGUGCUGGCUAUCUAGCUCUUGAUGCAUUUUAUUACAUAUAUACAUAAUAAUUAAUGAAGUA